UUCUCCCCGACCUCAGCACCCAGAGAAGCGGCUCAACCACCUGAACCCCGAAAACGCCAACAAGUAGUUUCUCCUUUGAGAAGGGCGGCUCAGCUGGCCGCAGAGACUCCGUCUGGCUGCAGGGAAACCCUCGACCGCUCGGAGACCCAAGCAGAUCCACUUUUCUCCCUGUCUCCUUAAGUCAUGUCUGAGCCACAGAGAUGGGCAAGAUCGAGAACAACGAGAGGGUGAUCCUCAAUGUCGGGGGCACCCGGCACGAAACCUACCGCAGCACUCUCAAGACCCUUCCCGGAACGCGCCUGGCCCUUCUUGCCUCCUCUGAACCUCAGGGUGACUGCCUGACCGCUGCGGGGGACAAGCUGCAGCCGCUGCCCCCUCCGCUCUCUCCGCCGCCACGACCGCCUCCCUUGUCCCCGGUCCCCAGCAGCUGCUUCGAGGGCGGCGCGGGCAACUGUAGUUCCCACGGUGGCAACGGCGGAGACCACCCUGGGGGAGGCCGCGAAUUCUUCUUCGAUCGCCACCCGGGCGUCUUCGCCUAUGUGCUCAACUAUUACCGCACAGGCAAACUGCACUGCCCCGCCGACGUGUGCGGGCCGCUCUUCGAGGAGGAGCUGGCCUUCUGGGGCAUCGACGAGACCGACGUGGAGCCCUGCUGCUGGAUGACUUACAGGCAGCACCGUGACGCGGAGGAGGCGCUGGACAUCUUCGAGACACCCGAUCUCAUCGGGGGCGACCCCGGUGACGAUGAGGACCUGGCGGCCAAGAGGCUGGGCAUUGAGGAUGCUGCAGGGCUGGGAGGACCCGAUGGCAAGUCUGGCCGCUGGAGGAGGCUGCAGCCCCGCAUGUGGGCCCUCUUUGAGGAUCCCUACUCAUCCAGAGCCGCCAGGUUUAUUGCGUUUGCUUCUUUAUUCUUCAUCUUGGUUUCCAUCACGACCUUUUGCCUGGAGACUCACGAAGCUUUCAAUAUUGUUAAAAACAAGACAGAGCCAGUUAUCAACGGCACAAGCCCCGUUCUCCAGUAUGAGAUCGAAACGGAUCCUGCCUUGACGUAUGUAGAAGGAGUGUGUGUGGUGUGGUUUACUUUUGAAUUUUUAGUCCGUAUUGUCUUUUCACCCAAUAAACUUGAAUUCAUCAAAAACCUCUUGAACAUCAUUGACUUUGUGGCCAUCCUCCCUUUCUACCUAGAAGUGGGACUCAGCGGGCUCUCCUCCAAAGCUGCUAAAGACGUGCUUGGCUUCCUCAGGGUGGUUAGGUUUGUGAGGAUCCUGAGAAUCUUCAAGCUCACCCGCCAUUUUGUAGGCUUGAGGGUGCUUGGACACACUCUUCGCGCCAGCACCAAUGAAUUUUUGCUGCUCAUCAUCUUCCUGGCUCUAGGGGUCUUGAUAUUCGCCACGAUGAUCUACUAUGCCGAGCGAGUGGGAGCGCAGCCCAAUGACCCCUCAGCUAGCGAGCACACCCAAUUCAAAAACAUCCCCAUUGGUUUCUGGUGGGCCGUGGUGACCAUGACUACGUUAGGCUACGGGGAUAUGUACCCCCAAACGUGGUCAGGGAUGCUGGUGGGGGCCUUAUGUGCUCUGGCUGGAGUGCUGACAAUAGCCAUGCCCGUGCCUGUCAUUGUCAACAAUUUCGGAAUGUACUAUUCCCUGGCAAUGGCGAAGCAGAAACUUCCGAGGAAAAGAAAGAAGCACAUUCCUCCUGCGCCUCUGGCAAGCUCACCUACGUUUUGCAAGACAGAGUUAAAUAUGACUUGCAAUAGUACCCAGGGUGACACGUGUCUGGGUAAAGAAAACCGGCUUCUGGAGCAUAACAGAUCAGUGUUCUCAGGUGACGACAGUACAGGAAGUGAGCCGCCACUCUCACCUCCAGAAAGGCUCCCCAUCAGACGCUCUAGUACCAGAGACAAAAACAGAAGAGGGGAAACGUGUUUCCUAUUGACGACAGGUGAUUACACGUGCACUUCUGAUGGAGGGAUCAGGAAAGGAUAUGAAAAAUCCCGAAGCUUAAACAACAUAGCGGGCUUGGCAGGCAAUGCUCUGAGGCUUUCUCCAGUAACAUCACCCUACAGCUCUCCUUGUCCUCUGAGGCGCUCUCGAUCUCCCAUUCCAUCUAUCUUGUAAUCCAAACUGCAUCAAUCGGCUAAAUUAUAUCAAAACAAGUACUGUUUAUCCUGUAAUGGAAGUAAUUAAGUGUAGAGUUUCUCCAGGCUCCAUAAUACAGCAUAAAUCCUGCAUGAUAUAACUAUUUGAAGUCAGAAAUGCUACUUGAGUAGCUAAAACAUCUUAUUCUGGCUUUAAUGAUGAUUUAACGUAGUGCUACUACUCAAUAUGAAUUGCCCCAAUUCCCUUUCGCAAUACAGUGACCAAUAGUGCCAGAUAUUGGCCAGUAUACUUACUAAUGUAUAACCUUAUCUUCAGGGAGAUAUACUUAAAUAGUGUGCUUCUAAAUGCCAACCACUUCAUUGGAUCUUCAUUUCUUGUGACUCCAAACCAUUCAGAAGAUGUCUGGGAUCCUAAUCUAGUUUGCACACCACCUGACUUUGGUUAGUUCAUUUGCAUGGACCAUCUUGUCUGUAUCACCUGAAUACAGUGUUGUAGAGUCCUGGAACUGGAUGGCUCAGGAUAUGUGUCCUUGCUUCAAACCAUACUGCCACUGUGAAAGCACCAGUCGCCUGUUCUGCAUGUUGAAUUGCGGGGCAGGGAGGGUGCCCUUCUCUUUGGUAUGUUCCCCUCUAUUCUUUGAUAGAAAUAGUUGUUUUAAAUAACUUAAUUUCUUGAAUGAUUUAUUUGUCUUCAAAAAAUGCUGUAUUGGUGUUCUGAAUGUUUUUGGUUGUUUGUACACACAGAUAACUGCAAAGAGGUUGUCAUUACUGGUUACACGCAAGCCGAGGCCAGAGCUCUUUCUUAAUGACUUGGGGAAGGCACAAAACAUGAGAGAAAGGUAACUGCUAGCCAGGCUUGCAUUGUUUAGCCAGGAAUUGCUGCUUCGUAAUAGGACCAUUACCCCCGUUCUCCCCUCCUCUUUGUAAAUCCUAGAAUUUGUCAUUAUUUUCAAAGGUAGAGUGCUAAAUAUUACCCAAAGCUCUCGUGUAAUUUUAUUUAUGAUUUUGUGUGAACAUCCAAGUUUACUGGUGUUCACUAAGAGGGUUUUGCUUGUUUGCUUUGUUUUUGACUAGCCUUAAAAUUUGCAUCAAAGGACUAACCAGACUUUUCAGGCCGUGUUUAAUCAGGUGCUGUGUCCUGUGUGUUGUUUCCAUCUGUCUGUCUUAGCUCCCUGUCUUAACUGUCUGUGCCAUCUGUCUCCACAGAGGGUAGACAUGCCCCGAGAAGCUCUUUAAACUUAGCACUAAUCUCCCUACUCCUGCCCCCUGACUUCUUCGCUACUUGGAGCAGCCUCUCUGCUUUGUAUAUAUGUCAACGAUGCUCUGUAGACUACCUAAAUUCCUAGGCACUGUGAAUCUUCUUUGAUGAGCAGGACCGAAGCAGCAAUCUCACCAUAGUACUUGGUUGCCUAGUGCAAUGUCGUUUCUACUACCUAGCAACCAGCAUUCAUCACUACAUUCCAGCAAGCAUCCCUAAGGAGUCUUUCGCAGUCUGGAGGGAAGAGAGUCUGUUUACACAUCCCUACCCAAUGCCAUAGCAAUAGUGUGUCCGAUAUUUUAGGUAUAUGAGGGAAGAAAAAUGCCAUAAUAUAGUCGCAGCGUAGACAAUACCUUUGACACAUUGAUCCUUAAGAUUGUUAAUGAAUUCCUAAUUCUCGUGUUUACUUUUGAUAGAAAGACAAUUGUCUCCUUUGUUAUUGGCUAAAGGCGUGUGUUAGUCUUCAUCCCCACGCUGUAGAGCAUGACCUGCAUUUCAGAGAUCUUGUACAGCAAUGUUUUUGCCCAGACGUAGCCAUCCGAGACUUAGAGAUACCAUGAUUCUUUUGAUAACACCGCUUAUAGAAUGCUAUAAACAUGCAGAGGUUUAUGGUAAAGAAUUAAUAUGCUGUCUGGUGCUGCUGUUAUUGACUGCAGUGUUGUACAGAAUUUAUCAUGGAUUUUUGACUGCUGAAAAAGGGGGCAGUGAGAUUUAGCCAUACCCAGGAUUGUACUGGAAACUUCUGCUACUGAAUGUGCCCUGAUGUGACCAGUUUGCAUUCAGAAGAGGUCCUGCACCUGCGUGAAGCCAUUGAAAGCUUAUAA